UCGAAUCCGCCCAUUGAACGAUGGGAGACUGUUAUUCUUCAUUCUUCAUAUUUUAAAGACCAAUAAGGAUGAAGAUGUGUGCUCUGAAUAUAUUUAUUGUUCAGAAUUUAUUUCAACUGACACAUUUUUGAACCCAUGACCAUUGAGAAAUUCACCUCGUUUUGAUUACACGCCCAAUAGUAAUUUAAGGAAUUCUGUAAGUGGUUGGAACAACUGUGCAUUCCAGGUAGUGGUGUUCGGAACAGAUGGCGGUGGUGGCGAGGAGCGGUACGCAGAACUGGCGGGUGGGGAAUCAAAGAAGGGACUGGCGUGAGAGAUCAAAUUUACCUCGGACAAUUGGGAAUCCCUGUUUGGAAACUAUUUGGGAUCGACGGCUGGAAACUAGUUGCGUAUGCGUGGAGUAGUUGUUAUAUUGUUUAAAGGGACUAGCUAGGUCGCUAGUUAAUCGCUCCUACAGACAAUGUUCCGUUGCUGCAACAGCUAGCUAGCUUGCUGGCUAGCUGACUUUGUAUGUAAAGGAAUGUUCAAUGGAUGAAUGGGCAACCACUUGUAUUGCUCGGGUUUAAACAGCUUCUUGAUGACCUCGGUGUUACAAAUUAUUUCUGGAGUUAAGCGAGCAACCUUGUUUUUACUCUAUGUAAAUAAUGUAGCAUACUCGAACAAACAUCGAUUUUUAUUUUUGUUGCACAGCCAGCAAUCUGAUUAAUGGAUGGGGCGGAAGGAGCACAUGCGAGCAGAAGUGCAAAUUAUUGAUAUUCCUUGGCAGCAACUUUGUUUAUAAUUGAAGCAUUUCUCUGUUUUCAUUCUAGACGUUUUUUUUUUUUUUUAAAGGUGAAUCAUAAGCGUAUGUUGGUAGCUAAGGCUAGCAAGCAUCCUUGAUUUUUAAGGAAUUUUGCACUACGCUGGAUGUAAAAUAGUAUUGAGGUUAUCCCUAGUGUGUAAUGGGGAAUACGAUAGCAUGCUGCGUGUCCCCGGAGGGGAGCCCAAAACUACCAAGGCAAUUGGCGGACCGCCAGGAAAACUACCAACUAAGCACGGACGUGAGUGACGACACCGGCCCGUACCUGCAGCACAUUAGCGAUAGAGAGGUGCCUGACGAACUGGCCCAGGAGUCCCACCCAUCGGACCAUGCCAGAGCCAGCACCAUCUUCCUCAGCAAGUCCCAGACAGACUGUGAGUUGCGAGACAAGAGGAAAAGCAAUCACAUAAACCAUGUUGGUCAUACCUCUCCUGGCCCUCUCUCUAAGAAGUACAGUUCCUGUUCCACCAUCUUUAUAGAUGACAGCACGGUCAGCCAGCCUAACAUGAAAAACACGAUAAAAUGUGUUACACUAGCGAUAUACUACCACAUUAAAAACAGGGACUCCGACAGGUCACUGGACAUUUUCGAUGAGAAGAUGCACCCCUUAUCGAGAGAGCAGGUUCCAGAUGACUACUCUCGUACAGACCCCGAGCACAAACUCAUCUACCGCUUUGUCAGAACUCUGUUCAGCGCUGCACAGCUCACUGCAGAGUGUGCCAUCGUCACCUUGGUGUACCUGGAGCGUCUGCUGACCUACGCUGAGAUGGACAUCUGUCCGUGUAACUGGAAGCUUAUCAUACUGGGAGCCAUCCUGCUGGCCUCCAAGGUGUGGGAUGACCAGGCUGUCUGGAACGUAGAUUACUGCCAGAUCCUCAAAGACAUCACCGUGGAGGACAUGAACGAGAUGGAGCGCCAUUUCCUGGAGCUGCUGCAGUUCAACAUCAAUGUUCCAGCCAGUGUUUACGCCAAGUACUACUUCGACCUGCGUUCUCUGGCCGACGACAACAACCUCAGCUUCCCCCUGGAGCCACUCGGCAACGAGAGGGCACAGAAACUGGAGGCCAUCUCCAGACUGUGUGAGGACAAGUACAAGGAUCUGAGCCGAGCAGCCAUGAGGUCCUUUAGCGCUGACAACCUGGUGGGCAUCCACCGCUCCAAUGCUGUACUCUCAUAGGCCAGCCACACUACAGCGCUGUUCUCUCAUUGGAAAUCUGUCACUUGAACGCUGUUCUCUUAUUGGACAGCCAUACUCCGAUGCCGGAUCCCAGACCCUGUGCAAAAUAACUUAUUCACAACAGAGAGAAAAGAAAAGAGACUUGAGUCUUUUUCUGUUUAGUUUUUAGUUUUUUUUUGCUUACUAUGUAGGCUGCUAGCUGUGACAUUUUUCUGUAAUAAUUUGCAGGUGGAGUAUUUUUAAAUAAACACUAAUCAUGAAACAAA